GGUGGACGGGAGCACCUGAGAGAGAGCGACACCGCAACGUUUCGUGGAUUGAUCGCUGCCGAGGCUGCGGAUUAGGAACAGGAAACCGCUAAGCUGCAUCACGCUAGUGGGCCCUCGCAAAGCUGGAGCAACACUGAGUACGCCGACUCAAGCCGAUACAGCGAUAUUCAUCCCAUUACCAACGUCAAUGUCGAGGGUUCCGUCGGGCCUGUGGCAGAAUCUCAUUGCGCUCCAGGUGUAUGGUGCCAAUACCAAUGUCGGCAAGACAGUUUUCUCGACGCUGCUAGGUGCCCAUUUCGUCCGCAGAGCAGGGAAGCGGAAAUGGAGCCUGCACUAUAUCAAGCCGGUGUCGACGGGGCCCAUGGAAGAUGCUGAUGAUUCCUAUGUCAAGAGACACGUCGAUGGAGCAUCUGUCACUACGCUGUUCCAGUUCAAGGAACCUGUGAGUCCGCACAUUGCGGUGCGUGGGGCGGAAUUUGUGCCUACAGACGACCAUUUGGUCAAGCGGGUCUACGCCAAAAUCAGGGAAGAUGCAGCCAAAUUCUCCUGGGAGAAGCACAUGGGCCUCACCAUCGUAGAGACGGCUGGUGGUGUGCUGAGCCCUGGACCUUCCGGAGUACCACAAGCAGAUAUCUUCAGGCCAAUGCGACUACCUGUUGUCCUGGUUGGCGACCAUCGCCUUGGAGGUAUCGCUUCCACCAUUUCAGCCGCAGAGUCUCUGACCCUCCGUGGCUACGACAUCAGUGCUGUGAUCUGCUUCGACGAUAAGGGAAAGUAUGAGAACUCUGAAUACUUGCUCAAGUACUUCGGAAACAUGGAUAUCCCAGCUUUCACCCUGCCCUGGAUACCGGAGUUAGGAGGCUACACACAAGAACAGGAACGUGCAGUCAUGCGGAAAUACUAUGAACAGCAAAGCCUGGCUGAUGGAAUGAACAAGAUUGCUGACUCCAUCGUUCAACGUCACGAAGACCGCCUCACCACUAUGAACAAGCUACCAAGCCGAACACGGAAGUCAAUCUGGCAUCCGUUCACGCAGCACAAGACUGUGACAAAUACCGACGAUAUUCUGGUCUGGGACUCUGCAUACGGCGACUACUUCCAAGCGAAACACACGCCCACAUCUUUGAAAGGUAGGAGCUUAGGCCAUACAGCUGAGAAACCGCUUCUCUAUCCGGCCUUCGAUGGCUCCGCAUCUUGGUGGACGCAGGGUCUCGGCCAUGGAAACCCAAGGCUAGCUCUUGCCGCCGCAUAUGCAGCAGGACGAUACGGCCACGUGAUGUUUGCUGGCGCAACACAUGAGCCUGCCGUUAAGCUCGCCGAGACGCUGCUCAAGGGCAUGGAAAAUCCCCGUCUCGCGAAGUGCUUCUACACCGACGACGGCAGCACCGCUGCUGAAGUUGGCAUCAAGAUGGCGAUCCGAGCGGCAUGCAAGCGUUAUGACUGGGACGGCUCUAAAGAUAACAUCGAGAUUCUUGGCCUGAAGGGGAGCUACCACGGUGACACCAUCGGCGCCAUGGACGCUUCCGAGCCGAACGUCUACAACGAAAAGGUAGACUGGUACCGCGGUCGAGGAUACUGGUUCGACUUCCCAACCGUGAAGAUGAGGAGUGGAGAGUGGAUGGUCGAGCCUCCAAAGGGCAUGGCGAGGGAGCUCGGCGGCCCCGAAUUCUUUUCCCACCUCGAUGACGUGUUCAACUUCGAGGCUAGAGGCGAGGGCCAAGGACGUCGCUGGUGGGUCUACGAGAAGUACAUCAGGGAUCAACUGGAUAUCCUUGUUAAACGCCAGGGCAGAAAAUUCGGUGCUCUGGUCAUGGAACCCAUACUCCUCGGCGCCGGUGGCAUGCUCUUCGUUGACCCACUCUUCCAGCGCAAACUCGUUGAAGUAGUCCGGUCUUACCAGUUCACAGAACACGAGGUCACCCCGCCUUCAGACCCCCUCCACUGGACCGGCGUGCCUGUCCUCUUCGACGAGGUCUUCACCGGGCUCAACCGGCUUGGCCACUUCACGCCCUCGACCCUUCUCGAAGUGCACCCCGACAUCUCCAUCCAUGCCAAACUCCUCACCGGCGGUCUGCUCCCUCUCUCUGUCACGCUCGCCAGCAAAGCCAUCUUCAACGCCUUCCUCUCCCCCUCAAAGUCUGACGCACUCCUCCACGGUCACAGUUACACCGCGCACCCCAUCGGAUGCCACGUUGCCAAUACGUCCCUGAAGGAGAUGGAAGUAUUGAAGAACGGUUAUGCAUGGAAAAGCUUUCGACGAAAGUGGGACUGGGAGAGCGGGCACAGAGGCGGACAGGUGGCCCCAAGGUGGUGGACUAUUAAAGGCGGGGUGAACGCGAAUGAAGCUGGAGGUGUAAAGACAUGGAGCAUGUGGGGGAAGCCGCUGGUGGUGUGGCUGAGUUACCACGAUGCUGUUGACCACGUCAUUGCUAUUGGCUCCGUGCUGGCCGUAGCGCUGAAAGACGAGGGAGGUUCUGGAUACACUUCAAACGCAGCUGCUGGUUUGCGGGAUGCGUUACUCAACGAUCGGUCGCACACGGCAGUCAGUAUACAUUCGCGAGUGCUAGGGAACGUCAUUUACCUUAUGGCGAGCUUAACGACGGCGCCAAAGGACUUGGAGGCUGUGGGUGACGCGUUGAAGCAGAAAUUGGACCGCGUCAGUGGCAUCACGAGAAGUCCAAAGACGAACCCGAAAGAUUCCAACGAUGUCACCUGGAUGGGGGAGGAGAGGUAGAAAUAAAGUUGUCGUGGAUCUGUUGGAUGGUCUGAACCCUGCCAUAUAUAAGCCCUGUGUCUUGUCGACCAUGAUUUAGAUGCCGUCGAUCUGACACCCAAACUUAUUUACUCACGAAACUGUUCCGUUUGCCCCUCCAAUUUCUAC